GAGGAGCAACCUUUUGUGAUCCCGUGCGCCCUCUCUCUUUCCUCUGACUUCUUGGCCUCCUCCUCGUCCGUCUCGCCCGCUCCUCUCACUCGAAGACUCUCGCUCGCUUCGCUUCGCUUCCAAGUCCCUUCCAAUGGCGACGCAACCGCUUACCUCACGGCGGGCGACACGCGUUUGAGCGAGCACCCGACCGCGGCCCUGCCUCGCACCAGCGCUCGCGGCGUAUGGCAGCGCCGGGACUGGACGAGGCCAUGGCGUUCCUCACUGACCGCGGCUUUUCGGGCGCCGCCUCCGCCCUCCGCGACGACGUCCUCGCCCGCACCGCCGCCGGGGACGCCGGCUGCGCCGGCGCAUUAGAUCCCCAGCUCCCGCCGCUCCGGAUGCCAGGCUCCGACUGCGGCGGCGGCGGCCUGCCGGCGCCCGCGAGCCCCUGCUCCAGCUCCGGUUCGGCGUCCUCCUCCGCCUUCGUCAGCAUGCGCUCCACAUCGUCAGGGCUGCUGAAUCCAUAUGGGAUAUGGUCGCCGCGGCAGUCGCAGUCGGACGCGUCGUCAUCGGAGAUGGAGUUCGGUACAGCACGCCAGUACGACACCACCGACCUCUUCUUCCAAGAGGGCUGGCUCUACGACGAUCACCUCUUCCCUAGCAAACUGGACGACCAGGGUGACGAGGACAAGGAGGAAGACAAGUUUGUACUCGGUGCUCACGGUGGCUCAGAGCGGGCAGAGAUGGGCAAGCUUGGCGCCGGUCACUACCACCGUCAUGAACACGUCGGCAAUGACAGCUGUGAAGGGUGCGCCGAGGUUUACACCUGCUCAUCGCCGCUCUGUGGUUGCUGUGGUGGCGGACUGAAGAAUGAGGACGAGCUCGUGGUGGUGAGGAGUUCUAGCUCCACUGUGUAUGGGAGGUACCAGAUCAUGGAUGACCAGACAGAGAUACUAGAUGACUGUGCCCAGGAUGGGUUUCAGUUGAAGCGGAGUGGGGAUGUUGUGCUUGAGUGCGAUUUGCCGAGGGUUCCUGGGCAAGGAGAUGACCAUUUGGAGCUGUGUGUUGUGGAGAAGGAGCUUCAAAUGCUCACUUCGUUUGAUACUGAUGCUGUUGCGAAUCAUGGUGUACAUUAUGUCGCAGACAAUGGUGAGCUCAGUGAUGGCAUCGGCAAAAAUCUGGAAAGUAGUAGUGUCAAAGAAUAUCUGAAAGAAGGCAAUAGGAUACAGCCUUUCCUUGACAGUGGCGACCCUGAUGAUGCCUAUGAGUUUGGAGAUGUUGGGUCAUUCAAUGCAGAUGUGCAACAUUCUACUGCUCUUAAAGCUGAGGAAGAUCCAGAGACAAAUAUUGAUCUUGCUCUCUCUAAUUUUCAACGAGAAUAUGAGGUAUUUGAAUUGAGAAUUAUCCACCGCAAGAACAGGACUGGCUUUGAAGAAAACAAAGAUUUUCCCAUUGUCUUGCAUUCAGUUAUUGCUGGAAGGUAUUAUGUCACUGAAUAUCUAGGUUCAGCUGCAUUCAGCAAGGUCGUGCAAGCACAUGAUCUUCAGACAGGGAUGGAUGUUUGCCUAAAAAUAAUUAAAAAUGAUAAGGAUUUCUUUGAUCAGAGCUUGGAUGAGAUAAAACUCCUGAAGUUCGUGAACAAAUAUGAUCCACUAGAUGAGCACCAUGUGUUGCGCCUCUAUGACUACUUCUAUCAUCAGGAACACCUUUUUAUUGUCACUGAAUUAUUGCGAGCAAAUCUAUAUGAGUUUCAGAAAUAUAAUCAGGAGUCUGGUGGUGAGGUGUAUUAUACAUUGCCUAGGUUACAGGCAAUAGCUCGACAAUGUUUAGAGGCUUUGGUUUACUUGCACCGUUUGAGGAUCAUUCAUUGUGACCUGAAGCCAGAGAAUAUUCUUAUCAAGAGCUACAGCAGAUGUGAAAUUAAAGUCAUCGAUCUGGGAAGUAGUUGCUUCUUGACCGACAACUUAUGCCUCUAUGUCCAAUCACGCUCUUAUCGAGCUCCUGAGGUCAUACUGGGUCUGCCAUAUGAUCAGAGGAUUGAUGUUUGGUCUCUUGGUUGCAUUCUAGCUGAACUGUACACUGGUGAAGUACUAUUUCCUAACGAACCAGUGUCCAUGAUGCUUGCUCAAAUGAUCGGGAUAAUCGGCCCCAUCGACAUGGAAAUGCUAGAACUGGGACAGGAGACACAUACGUAUUUCACUGAUGACUAUGACCUUUUUACCAAGAAUGAGGAGACAGGUCAGUUAGAGUAUUUGAUCCCAGAGAAGUCCUCCUUGCGACGCCACUUACAAUGUGCUGAUUCCAAAUUUGUUGAUUUUCUAUCUUAUCUGCUGCAAAUAAAUCCCAGGAAAAGACCAACAGCUGAUGAAGCACUACAGCAUCCAUGGCUUUCUUUUGCAUACUGAUGAGAAGCCAAUCAGUAUUUCUUCUGUUUUGCGACAGCUUUCUUCACAUAUGAGAUGAGGUUUUGUUUCUCCUAAUUUGGAGCCUUAUAAAGUUCUUUAAAAGAAGAUUGGUUUUCUGGGAGUUUCUCUUAACAUGGAACAUUACAUUUUCCUCGAGUUGUAGAGGAAUGCCCCUUAGUGGUUGCAGAUGCCCCAUUGUACGUGUUAGUUUUUUUGGUGUCUUCAGGGCUAUUCUUGGUGUGUAACCCCUGCACUGUGAGUUAAGAUUCAUGAGUGAUGAGUUAUUGUAAAUAUCUGAAAAUUUCCCAUGUAUCUGUACAGUUGAAACCCACUCUUGUACUCGAUACGGUUCAUUAGUAAUAACAUAAGAAAUAAUGUCGGAAGUUUCGCCAGUGUUAGCUCUA